UCUGUACGGUACGCUCCUGGCGUGUUGCAUUCGUCGCAUCUCGGUCCAGUGCACUGUGUACCCACGCCGCAGAUUUUGCGCGGCAGGUGAGGUUGGUUGGGGCCGGCGUGGCCCCGACCGCUCGGAGUGCGCCCGGCGCGGUAUUGAUCGCAUCCCGUCCGACUGUUUCAAUGUUUAUAAACAGCCGGCCGCAUAUAUUUGGUCCCUCUUGUUUUUGAUACGUUUGUCUGACGACGAACGAUUCGGGCGGUCGAUCCUGAAUGCACCGUCCGCACCCGCACCGGCUUCUCACCGACCGGACUCAGUGCACAUCUCGAUCACAAGUGAGACUAGACUAUCGACAAGAGCGUUUUAGUGAGUGAAACGAAUAAAGAACUAUAUAUAUGGAUAGUUUAGAAGUCUGCUCUAUCAUGGAUAAAGUAAUAUAUGUGCCUACUGACUAAGUCGACGAUUGCGACAGUGUUGAUGUUGACAUACAAUAAAUAUUAGACAGCCAUGCUGUCUUAUAUGGUGCCUGUUGAGGAGAAACCUCCUCCAGUCCCGGGAAAGGGCCGGCUCGCCCUGGAACUAGUGGGGAGUCCAGGCAGUCCAGAAUCUGCUGCGAGAAGAGCUCGGACCAACAUUUCUAAAGAGUCAUCGACGAGCUCCUUCGCUAGCGAUCUCACGAUAUCUUCGUCGACGCCCACAGGCGCCCUCGACAAACCCAAACAUAAGCUACUCAGCAAUGGAACUAAACACACCACCUUAAAGAGGGUGUCAUUUGGCAGUUCAAAGGGAUCGAUGGUAGAGACUCUGAUAUACGAGAGUCCCCUACAGGAAGAGCCGGAGAGCAGUCCGCCGCCUAAGGUGCAGGAGACAGCGUUCCCUUACACCCCCGUCGAAGACGAUUCGGAGCGUUCAAAAGUGCGCGUGUCUUUCUACCAAGGAGCGCGGCCGCAGUGCUUAUCUCCGCCGCCCGGAACGCUAUCGGACUCCCACGUUCUCUACGCAGCUUUGCUCUCUGCUGCAGCCAACGCUGACAUGGCAGACCACGCGAUGUAUAACAGACAGAUCAGCACGGAGAGCGGGUGGGAUAACCCGUUUCGCCCGGACGGCGAUCUGAGCCGUGAAGCCGACGAGAUUGUGUCGCUAAUCAAAGGCGGCAAGCCAAUCACACCGACACCGCCUAUCGUGCCGCAGCUGCCCGUAUGCGAGGAAAAGGAGGAGAAAUCCCAUGCGAAUAACGUUAACGCAGCAGCUCCAGGUUCGCCUCAGACCAAAGUGGCGAGUCCAGCGCAGCAAACUACUCCGAAGGCUAUGAACGGCACUAAAAACGGUGCGGCGGUUGUGGACCAGCGCCCGGGACAAGUUGAGGUGCAGCGCUCACCACCGCAGGAGCCGCAGCAGCCCGAGCACGUCACCAUCAAGAAGAAGCCCAAGUGCAAAUGUUGCGUUAUCCAGUAACUCCCCCAUGUGGAUCUCCUCUCUGCUUACACCGGUAACACGCUGUCAUCAAACCAGCAUACUCCCAACUAUGGUGUAUACUCGGUGCUAUUUCAUUUUCAACGUGUCCUAUGUUUAUGAAUCGAGUAGGUAUACAAAAUCUAACUUUAUAUGACGGUAUGGAAUGCCUACAUUUAUGCAUUUCGCGUCUAGACCAUUUUGUGUACUCCUAUUUAUACAUUUCUGUUUGAGCCUUUUCCCGGCAUCUUAUUAACAUAGAUGGCAGUUAUUUUAUCUGUUAUAAUAAGAUUGUUUUUGAUAAUUUUAUGUGCUAAGUUUUUAUUGAACGUUUUAUAGGGUACAAACUUAAAGUAUUUAUUAUCUAGCUAGUCUGAAAGAGAGAUAUGUUUUGCACGUCAUGGUACUUCAGGCUAUAAAGUUUUCUAGGACUUGAUAAGCGCGGAAGCGUACUUUUAUGUGAUGUUGAUUAAAUAAAAAAAAAAAAAUAUUUCUUGAUAAUUCAUAUUAUAAGAAUCUCAAGAAGAUUGAACCGGCAUCAACAUAGAGCUUGGCAGCAAGUGAGAGAGUUAAGAUAAGCUGUUUUAUAUCAAGUAAAAUGUAUAAUUAUUGUGACUAAAAUUAAACAAAGCAUAAUUCUGCUCAUUCGAAAUAAUGGCAUAAUUUUUAUAUCACUUAAUAAUUCAUUUGAAACCUGUUACUUUAGAGUUGAGUCUAUGUUGAGUAAUAUUUAAUGAUGCAUAAUUUAAACGUAUAUUUUUAUAUCUUAAUUUAUGAAAAAAAGUAUUAUAUUAAUCCAUAGAGAAUGGCUAACCUACCAAUGGGAGAUAUCAGACAUGUACCUAUUAUGAUCUGUGGAACUGCUUUCGAAUAUGAUAUUGGAUAAAUAUUUUUUUGAUAAUUACAUAUUAGAAUGUAAUUAUAUUAUUCUCUCUAGAUUGCUACUUUUAAAAUAUGCAUGUACUGCAUGAGUGUUUUUAUAAUUUAUUGUUAUGACCAAUUUCGUCGUGAGAGUGGUCCCACAGAAUAAAAUAGAUUUAUAACUAAAUAAAUGUUACUACUGUUGUUAGUUUUACAUGUAGUGUCUACAUAAUUUCACGCUUGCGUCCAGUAGGUAGUGCAUACACACAACAUCUAGAUAUUGUUACCGGUCGGUUCACGUGGCAAAUUUAUUUAAUAGCGCCUACUGGAUUUUUAUUAAAAUAAAUAUAAGACUGUUUGGGUUCGAUAUAAAUUGUAAGUAAGGGCAGUAUGGUUAUAAUUAAUUCGCAUUAUGUGAAACUGAUUGGUAACAAUAGGCACUAGCAUGAGAUAUUGUAUAAAAAUAAGCAGAUCCAUAGUUUUGUGCGCUUUAAAAUGCUACUAAGCAUUUUAAGCGGUCUACAAAAUUAUUUCUAUAUUAUAUUGAGAUACAGUUAAAUAAAUUGUUUUAAAUACCUACAUAUGGACUAUUUCUUGAAUUCAACUAUUAUGAUAAUAUAUUGUGCUGCUAUUACAUACAUAAUUCACAGAUAAUAUAAUGGUUAUGUUAUAUUUGUGAAGGCAUGCAGCUAAUGAUAAUAGAAGUGAUUUUAUGAUUACAGAAUGAUCAUAAUGGUCAUAUGUGUAAAGUGUUAAGAGAUAGAUGUUCCCUUCUGAAGAAUAGCAUUCAUAAGGUAGAUAGGAAAUUAGACAGAGCGUAGUUAGAUAUCCGAUUUAUAAAUUUUGUUAUUAUUAACAAGUAAAUUAUUUUUGAAUAAUUAUUUAGGUUUUAUAUUUGUAACAGCGUUAUGUGAGUGACACGACUAUUUACCUUAAAAUAUUCUAUAGACUUGAAUGUCAUAUUAAACGAGGGAUUUAGUGAACAGGAAGAUGGAAUGGAAUAGUAGUAGUCUUUAAAAGAUUUUCUAAAUGUUUAUCAUUGUACAGUGUGAAAAAGGCUAAAUAUACUAAUUACUAGUGUAGUUCCAAUUACAUGUCCAAGUACAGCGUGGCUUGCCGUAGAAUUUCUGUGAGUAAAAAGUUCACAAAAUCUGCAUCUCUGCUUUUAGUCUCAAGUCAUUGCUAGUGCGUUUUUUGUGGCUAUGUUGAUUCCGUGUAAGCACUAACAACAAACAAUAUAGUCGUGCACUAGGAUAUUAGGCCUUUAUGAAAUAUAUAAAUGAUGAAGCGUCCAUUCCGUUACAGACAUUACAUUAUUAAUAGCUAUUAAAACAUUUAAAGGAUAAUGUACGUCUUGUGGUUAUUAAAUUACGCACAUAAUAAAAUUUCAUCACAAUUAAAAUACAUUUUUAAAAUGUAUUUUCCAAACCGUUACAAAAUCUAAUAUAAUGAUCAGGAUCACGAAACUUGUUCAAAUAUUAAGAUCCUAAUAGAAUAUAGAUCAAAGUUAAUUAUAACUUUAUUUGAUAAAUAUUACGAAAACAUCACAAAUAAAUCUGUUUAAAAAUUUUCUUUUUGAACAGUUAUAAAACUCGUUCAGACAUACUAAGCUUGUAUAAAAUAUAUCUAUUAGAUAACUUUUUUGAUAAGAAUAUAAAAAAAAUGCAUCAUAAAAGUUUACUUUUACAAUAUUUGUUCAACACUAAAAUCCCUAUUAAAUAUAAAUUAGUGGUCUAGAUAGAUAAACAUCCAAUAUCCGUAUAGAGAAAGUUAAACCGCAGUUUCGCUUUAUAAUACUCUUAUUUCGAAAUGAUAUGGUUUAACUCUCUUAUUCGAUCAUCAUGAAACAAUUUUAAUCUCAUUAUACAUUCUUUUAUAUUUCUAUAACUCAUAGCGCUUGUUAAUGUCUAACGUUACUUUUCUAAUUUUAUUUUUAUUAUAUCAAGUAUUUUUAGUGUGUUGAUUUUGGGCACAAAAUUUUGGUCAUAAUAAUUCCUAUUUAUUAUAUAAAAUCAGAGCAAUAAUAAUAUGGUAUUUUCAUGAUUACGGGUCCAUCAUUUUCUAUACAAUUAGGUGCUAGCUAAAAUAAUGCGAGAAUUAUUAAGUCAAUACAUAAUUUGUCUGCUUCAAUUUUUGGUAUUUCUUGAGGCAGUAAUACUAUUGAUUCCAUAUUUUUAUUGCUCCUAAAGUUAUAUGUAAUUAUGUAAAGUUUAUAAUAAUUAUGUAUGUAUAAUAAUUAAAAGAAAGUUGUAAACACCAUUUUAAGAUUCAUAUUGAAGCUAAAGUAUGUUCCUUAAUAAAGUCUUUUAUUUAUAAGUAAAAUACUGGCAUUAAGGUUCUAUAUUUUAAAUCGUAGCCACCAGUCGGUGGAAGAUUAUGCUUCAUUUGAUUAAAAAAAAAAAUAGGAAAAAUAUACUUCGACACAAUAUAAUAUUACAAAAUAAUUGUGGCGUAAAUUCUUAUUUCCAAUAUUAAUGUGUUAGCUGUAUGUGUAAUACAAACUAAAAUGACAUUAUAUUUGUAUAAAAUAUUUACUUUCUAUUAUUGUCAAUCAAUGAAUAUGUACAAAUCAAUUAUAAUGUAAUUAUUUAUAUUAAAUCUUUAAAGGCGA